AUGGAGCAAGAUCAGCGUGAAAAGGAAAACCCAUGCAAGAACUGCCUCAACAUCUGUGUUGGGGAGAAUGGGGACCAGCUGAUCUGGGUAUCCAAAGUGUUAGAGCAGCUUACAGGUCAAACUCCAAUGUUCUCCAAAGCUUCCUAUACUGUUAGGUCUUUCAGAAUCAAGAGAAACAAGAAGAUCCCGGUUCACUGUACAGCCCAUGGGACCAAAGCUGAAGAGAUUCUGGAGAAGGGGCUAAAUGUGAAAAUAUGAGUUAAUGACUUUUCAGAUACUGGCAAUUUUGGCUUUGGGAUCCAAGAGCAUAUCGAUCUGGGAAUUAAAUAUGACCCAAGCAUCAGUAUUUAUGUCUUGAAUUUCUAUGCGGUGCUGGGCAGGCCAGGUUUUAGCAUUGCAGAGAAGAAGUGUAAGACAGGUUGCAUUGAGGCCAAACACAGAAUUGGCAAAGAGGAAGCCAUGCACUGGUUCCAGCUGGUGCAACAGCAUCAUCCUGUCUGA